AUGUCGAACAAGAUAGUUCUCCGGCAAGCAGCCUCCACCCACCGGCGACAACCGCUACUCAAUAGCCAAUCGUCGAAAACCGCCAACAUGGUCGGCGAAGUAGUCGGAAGCACCGCGGCGGAGUGCUUGGCGGUGUGCUGUUGCUGUCCAUGCGGGUUAGCGAAUAUUUUCAUCUUAGCAGUAUACAAACUCCCGGCGGGUCUUUGCCGGAAAAUUCUCAGAAAGCGACGGCGGCGGAGGAUUAUCAAAGAAGGUUUGUUACAACCGAAACGUCGUAACUGUUCUUGCGGUUGUUGCGACGAUGUUAACGGUGUUCCUCGUAUUUACCCUAUGUGUAUAAACGACGCUUCGGAUAUAAAACGACUGCACGACGGGUCGUUUGAGAUAAGCAACGACGAAAACGCUAUGGCUCUUGAGAAAGAGAUGUGGGAGAGAUUCUACAGUGCUGGAUUUUGGAGAAGUUCAUCACGGAGAGAAAAUGAAAACUCAGAUUCAGAUUCAGAAUCAAGAAGAGAAAUGGUUUCAGGAAGAUUUCAAGUUCAAUUGAUUGAAUUGAAACAAACAACAAACAUUGGUUGA